AUGUCUGCUUAUACUUCAUUAAACUAUACCUACCUUCUCACUUUCUUCAUUGCAAUCUUGAGAGUUUCUGCGCAACUACAAGACCCAACUUACGCCGGCCAUAGUUGCAGCGACAGGAUAUCAACAAACAACGUUUACUUAUCCAAUCUCAAAAGUCUUUUGACCUCUUUUUCAAACAGCCAUGCUUCCUUAUUCUCCGAGGGAUUUAAUUUUCUCGCAAAGGGUCAAGACAACGGUACAGUAUUCGGAAUAUUUCUCUGCAGAGGUGAUCUCUCGCCAGACGUUUGCCGUGAGUGCGUCUUGUUUGCUUCUAGUAACACUCAGAGUCGAUGUCUACGAGGGAAAGAAUUAUUGAUUCAGUAUGAUGAGUGCAUGCUUGGAUACUCAGACCGGAAUAUUUUCAUGGAUGGUAUAAGAACAUGGUCUACCCCUACAAUAAUCACUUGGAACAAUCAGAGUGUCCGACCAGACCGGUUCAAGGAUGCAAUGUUUUCUCUGAUGAACAAGUCUUCAAUGGAAGCGGCUGAUAGCAAGGAAAAGAGAUUUGCGGUUAACAAAUCGAGAUUUACUUUGUCUCAGACGCUUUAUGCAUUUGUCCAGUGUAUUCCUGAUCUUUCACCUGAAGGUUGCUUAAACUGUCUGCAACAAUCCAUGAUGGAGUUUAAUUUCAGCAGAGUUGGAGGGAGAGUUGUUUUCCCGAGUUGUAACUCAAGGUACGAGAUUUACCCUUUUUACAAUGAAUCCUUGGUGGCAACUCCCUCUCCAUCGCUUCCGGUUACAGCUACUCCGUCGCCUCCUGGAAAAGUAAAAAACUCACUGGUGAUAAUCUUAGCAACUUGUGUGCCGGUCUCUGUCUUUGUUCUUUUUCUUGUGGCUGUUUCAAGCUACCAAGUAACAAAGAAAGUGAAGAAAACUGAUAAUACUACAGCUGCAGAUGAUGAAGGAGAUGACAUUACAACUGCUGGAUCACUGCAGUUUGAUUUUAAGGUUAUUGAAGCGGCCACAGAUAAGUUUUCCAUAUGUAACAAACUAGGUGAAGGUGGAUUUGGAAAAGUCUACAAGGGGACACUUCCUAAUGGAUUACGAGUGGCUGUAAAGAGACUUUCCAAAACAUCAGGACAAGGCGAGAAAGAGUUCAAGAAUGAGGUUGUUCUUGUGGCAAAGCUUCAGCACAGAAAUCUUGUCAAGCUUCUCGGAUACUGUUUUGAGAGAGAAGAGAAGAUACUUGUCUAUGAGUUUGUGCCUAACAAAAGCCUUGAUUACUUCCUGUUUGACUCUAGAAUGCAGAGCCAGCUGGAUUGGAGUAGACGGUAUAAGAUCAUAGGAGGAAUUGCUAGAGGGAUUCUAUAUCUUCAUCAAGAUUCAAGACUCACAAUUAUACAUCGGGAUCUCAAAGCUGGUAAUAUCCUCUUGGACGCUGAUAUGAACCCCAAAGUUGCAGAUUUUGGUAUGGCAAGAAUAUUCGAAAUGGACCAAACCGAAGCAAAUACGAGAAGAGUAGUCGGAACCUAUGGUUACAUGUCCCCUGAGUAUGCGAUGUACGGGCAAUUCUCAAUGAAGUCAGAUGUCUAUAGCUUCGGAGUCUUAGUUCUUGAGAUUAUAAGCGGGAGGAAGAACAGCAGCCUCCAUGAGAUGGAUGGUAGUUUAGGAAACUUGGUUACAUAUACUUGGAGGGUAUGGAACAAUGGAUUGCCCCUAGAGCUUGUGGACUCAUCCUUUCGAGAGAGUUAUCAAAGCAACGAAAUAAUUAGAUGCAUCCAUAUCGCCUUAUUAUGCGUCCAAGAAGAUACUGAGGAUCGCCCAACCAUGUUAGCAAUCGUCCAAAUGCUUACUACUAGCUCGAUCUCCCUCGCUGUGCCUCGACCACCUGGAUUUUUCUUCCGAAGUAAGAAAGAUCAAGCAUGUUCAUCAGUGGACAAGUCUUCUCUCUUCUCGAUUGAUCAAGCAUCCAUUACUUCUUUAGCUCCUCGUUAAGUUUCAUAAACCCAAAAUCUUGGAAAUUCCAGUAUCUUGCAAAUUUUGGAUUCACAUCAGAAAUUACAUCACUGUCCGUUGAUGUAACAAACACAAACAAUGACUACUUUAAAAUGAUAAUUUGGAGCAAACUGAGAACACUUAGUAUAAACAAGAAUUUUAGUGUAACCUUACUUGGAAGUUGGAUCGUGAAGUUUAAUAAUCAAAUAUCAAUGUAGUAUUUCACACAAUCAGUUUUUUUUUUCUCUCUAUAAAGCAUAACAUAUAAUACCUUUAUCAUCGAUUAGUCACACAUUAAUGUCUUUUUAACUUCCAAGACUAAGGAUGUUAAAAUGAGCUCAACCUAAUAGGGUUACCCUAACCAUUUAUCAAAAUCUUAACCUUAAAACAUGACAAAAAGGGUUAACAUAAUUAGCUAUUGGGAUUAGAUGGCUAUCCUAGCCAUGUAAUAUAUUUUGCUUUACACAAUUUUAUACUAAAUUUGAAGAUUAUCACAAAAUUUAUUUUUCCACCAAAACAGUAAAAUCGAUUUUUUCCACCCAAACAGCAAAAUUGAAUUGUUUGGCAAAAAUAAUCUCUUCAACCAAUAACGUAAAAUGGUUUUUUGGCCCACCAAAACCGCAAAAACAUGUUUAACUGUCAAAACCGUAAAACAUAUUUUACUGUCAAAACUGUAACUGUCAAAACCGUAAAAACAUGUUUUUCUGUCAAAACCAUAAAAACAAGUUUUCUCUCAAAACCGUAAAUAAGUUUUUCCCGUUAAAACACUAAAAUUAAUUUUCCCACCAAAACCGCAAAAUAGAGUUUUCUUGCCAAAAUCGUAAAAUUGAGCUUUCCCACCAAAACCGCAAAAUUAAGUUUUUCCACUAAAACAACAAAAAAAAAAUUCCGUUAAAACUGAAAAAUCCAGGCUUUUCAACAAAGCUGAAAUCAAGGUUUUCCAACAAAACCGUAAAAUCAAAAUUUUCUAUCAAAACCGUAAAUUUAAAGUUAUCCUUCAAAACCAUAAACUGAGGUUUUAUUGUGAAAAUCACAAAAUUGAGUUUCCCGCCAAAACCCACACAAAACAAUUUUUUUUCUCGAAAACCACAAAAUUGAGUUUUCCCACCAAAAUUGUAAAAGUGAGGUUUUCCGUUUGGACCACAAAAACAAGUUUCCCAUUAGAAUUGCAAAAUUGAGUUUUCCGACAAAAUGGCAAAAAUGAGUUUUUCCUUCUAGAAAAAAAAUUCAGUUUUCCAUCAAAACCAGAAAAUUGAAUUUUUUGUUAAUUCCGCAAUAAAAUUAUUUUUUUGCCAAAAUCUUAAAAUUGAUUUUUGAGCCAAAACUGAACAACUGAGUUUUUCUGCAAAACCCAGAAAAACAAGUGUUCCCACCAAGGCCACAAAACCCUAAUAUUGAUUUUUUUGUUUGAUUUGCAAAAUUGGUUUUUUAAGUCCAAACUGCAAAAUAUAAAAUUCCCGUAAAAACGUAUAAUCUUGUUUUCCAAAAAAGUGAAUUAUCUUUUAAAAGAUUACAUUUGAUAUUUCAUAAAAAAAAAUAGAAUUUUACAUUGAUUAAUAGAUGAAUUGAAUAUUUUAUUUUGAUUUAUGUAUAUAUGGAUUUAACUAAUUUUAUAUUUGUGACGAUAUAUAUAUAUAUAUUGCUGUAAAUUAUAUGAAAUAUAUUCACAU